AACCAUGUCUUCCGUUUCCCGCGAUUCUCAGUUGAGAAACAGGAACAGUUGAAACAGGAAGUGAACAAAAUGAUUUUGGAGGACACGGUGAUGUAUCGGCGGAGUGCAAAAACUCCCGAAGAUGUGGCCAACUGGAAACUGGUGUACAAUUUUAUCAUCGAGACAAAGUUUUUUCUGGAGCACUACGAUAACAUCAUUGAGACGUGGGAUCUGUGCGAUAAGGAGUUCUUGAUGUUGGUGUGGGAAAUUGAAGAACUGUUGACGGAGUUGUUGUUCAAGUAUACGACCGUUACCACGGAUUAUUUGCGGCCGGUGUCGUUGCCCACCGUUGAGAUUAAGUGCUGUGAUAUUUUGUUUGAAAAAUCUUCCCAGCUAUUCAGACAUUACUACACAGUGCAUCACACUCCUGCCAAGUUGAACAAUAUUCGAUAUUGUGAGAUGAAAGCAGGCCUUCUGAAGUUGGACUUUUAUCGCCGCUGCUUGAAGUACUACAUCGAGUUCGGAACGUGGGCCGACCACGUUCUGUGUCUGUACUUGAAGCGAAUCUACAGGAAAGUCAACCAUACUCUGGAUCCAUUCCGCGAAUGAGACGAUUUAGAUGUGUUACUGGCGAUUGCUAUCAUUUCAAUAAAACUUGAUUGGUAAAAAGGC